UGACAAGGAGGGUCUGGCAAUCGUGAAGGGCGUAAAAAAAUUCCAUGAUUUCUUGUACGGGCGGCCCUUUACCAUAGUGACUGACCACAAGCCGUUGCUUGGCCUGUUUGCCCCCGAGAAGCAGACCCCCCAAGUGUUGUCUCCACGUGUCCUCAGGUGGUCAAUUUUCCUUGCCGGCUACCAGUAUGCACUAAUCCACCGCCCUGGGAAGGCGAUGGGCCACGCAGACGCCCUCAGCAGGCUACCACUACCAGAAACAGGCCCCGACCCAGCGCCUGCGCAAGAGGUUAUGACCCUGGAGCUGCUUCCCGACCGACCCAUUCAGGCACAAGAAGUUGCGCACCAUUCCACAAAAGAUAGGGUCAUCUCCCGGGUCCUGGACUGGGUGUGGCGAGGAUGGCCCAGCAGCAGCCCCGGGCCAGAAUUCGCUGGCUACACAAACCGCAAACAUGAACUGUCGGCCCACAAGGGGUGCUUGUUAUGGGGAAGCAGGGUUGUUGUUCCCCAGCCCCUCCGCAAAAGGGUCCUCACAGCCCUACACGAGACACACCCAGGGGUAGUGAGGAUGAAGGCCCUUGCCAGGAGUUAUGUGUGGUGGCCGGGGAUUGACAGAGAGAUAGAGGCCUGGGUCCAACACUGCCAGACCUGCCAAGAAUCCCGCCCGGAUCCCCCAAGGGCCCCAGUCCAGCCCUGGGAGUCCGCCCGACAUCCAUGGUCACGCUUGCACGUGGACUUCGCUGGACCCUUCCAGGGAAAAACAUUCUUCAUAGUGGUGGAUUCCUACACCAAAUGGCUGGAGGUCGCACUGGUACCGUCUACUUCUACGGCGGCAGCCAUCCGGGUACUACGUAAGCUUUUUGCAACCCACGGGCUCCCUGACACCCUCGUCUCGGACAAUGGAACCGCAUUCACGUCAGAGGAGUUCCAGACCUUCACAGCACAGAACGCCAUCCGCCACAUCCGCUCAGCACCAUUCCACCCUGCCACCAAUGGCCAAGCGGAGCGCAUGGUGCGGACCACCAAGGACAGCCUCCGCCGCAUGACACAAGGGGACUGGGAAUACCGCCUUGCCGCAUUUCUUCUAGCACAGCACAGCACCCCAAGCACAACGACGGGCCGGAGCCCAGCUGAACUACUAAUGGGCCGGCGCCUUGCAACUAGACUGGACCGACUUCACCCCGACAGAGCUCAGGAUGAGGUAGUGGUGGGGAAAGGCAGGAACCCCCGGACAUUUGUGGCCCAGGACGCAGUGUACGCAAAGAAUUUUGGGGCAGGCCCAGCAUGGGUACCCGCCACAGUCACCAAGGUGACCGGUCCCGUGUCGUACGAGGUACUAACGGAAGGGGGGCAAUGUUGGCGCCGCCACUGCGACCAGCUACGGCGACGAUUCCCAGGAGGAACCCGGGAGGAGAGCGGGACAGAGGGGUCCCAAGGGGACAGCAGGGCAGUGAGGCCUGUAGAGCGAGAGGGGUGGGCAGGGGAAGCAGAAGCAGAAGCAGUAGGCACAGAGGGGCGCCCCGAGGCUGGAAGGACACCGGAACCAGAGCCACAACCUAGUGGUUCAGUGGCGCCAGACCAGACAGCCCCGGCACAGCCAGCAGCCUCGGAACACGAGCCAGAACCAGAACCCCUGACCAAGGAACACCCCAGGCCACAACGCACACGGAGGCGGCCAGCAGACCUUGGGGACUACGAAUGCAACUUCCCGGGCAGGACUGGAACUUAGAGGGGAGGGGUGUUAUGUACUGAGCUGAAUCCUAGAACAAUAGGAUUCAGAAACAGCGGGAGCUACCCAAUCCAACUCCAGGUGGAAGUGAAUCCGCAACCUGAUUGGCCUGCUGGAGCAGCCAAUCAGGCGGCGGGCAGAAGUGAAUCUGCUACCUGAUUGGCCUGUAGGAGCAGCCAAUCAGGCUGCAGGCAGAAGUCAAUCCACAAUAUAAUUGGCCCACAGGUGUAGCCCUGAAGUAGCCAAUCACGCAAGGCCCAUUGUGUAAAUAAUGUAUAUAAGCAGAUGGUUUUGGGAAAAGAGCCAUUCUUCUUCUCCUCUUCUCCUUGAUGACUAUGAG